UGCAUUUAUCCGUAUUCAUCGCUCUGCUCGACGCUUCUGGUUGACCACCCAUCGUUACUUGAACGACAUUUUGUGUCGCCCGGAGAGAGAAUACUUCGCCUCCCAGAAACAGCACUCCCGACAGCACCAGACUGUUCGGUCGUUUUUCCACUGCAACGGCAUCAACAUGCGCUUCAUUCGCGAUUUCUGCCUUCUGGCAGUUGCAUCUUCAUGUCUGAAUGCCGUCGUACUAGCCGAUUCCAAGGUGAAUGACGGCGGUGAGGAUAAGGAUGAUGUUCAGACCUUCCAGCAGCUUCUGGAUAGCGUUCCUCAAGGGGAUAUUCACGCAGCUCUGCAUGCGUAUUCGCCGAUAAAAUAUCAACAUGGCGUUUUUCAAGAGGAUCGUACUGCCAUGGAAGCCGUACACAACGAUAACCCAGCUGUGGCUACUAAGUUGUUGAUGUCCAUGGUUCGCCGACAAGCACCCACACGCAACACCACCGAGAGCUCCACCCAGACGACAAGUCAUGAAUCGUCGACCUCCACCGAACGCAGCACUACUCCUAGUUCCACUGAAGCAUCCACGACGAAGACUGAGCAGUCGAGCACCUCAACGUCGAGCACACCUGCAUCGAGCGCUGCAGCGACGAGUAGCGUUGCCUCCUCCACGAGUGCUACUAGCUCUAGCUCCGGCGCCACAUCUUCAACUUCCAGUUCGGCCUCCGGCAGCUCUACCUCCUCUUCCACAAGCGCAAGUAGUAGCAGUUCAAGCAGCAGUCCCAGCUCAAGUUCGUCGAGCUCCUCGUCCUCAAAAAGGGUAUCUUCAAGGACUUCGACUUUGCUGCACACCACCACGCUUCCUAACGGAAGCAGAAGCACUGUCACCGCCGUAACUGUCGUUGGGGGCGAAGCAGCUGCCUCCUCUACCACCGGAGGUGCCGCUGCCACCACAUCUAGCGCAACGACCUCAGCUCCUGGUCUCCAGACUAAUGCUGCCGCGAUCCGCGGUGCUGAUAUCCUUGCUAUGAUGGGUGGAGCCGCUGUCGUGGCGAUGGCUUUAUAAAAUCCCCUAUUUAUUCCUUGCUUUGGGACAAUGAUCGCUUUGAGUGUCUUUAUCCCAUAUCGCUCGUCCGCCGAGGAUUUUUCCUUUGGGAACUUUCCAUGAUACAAUGCACAUUGGCUUGACAUUUUCUUUUUUUUUUUGCAGAUAAGGAGUUCUGCUUUGCUUGUGCUUCAACACAAUUCACCCUUCUUACAUGGCAUUGGCCGCAAAGGCCCAGG